AUGGCGUCAUCAAGAUUUCAACUUGUUGCCCUUCUCGUCAUCUUCUCUCUCGUUAUUUCUGCCAAAUCUCAUGAACCAGGAAAGGAUGAUAUAUUGGAUGGACCGUGCCGCUUGAGAGGAACAUGCAAACAGGACAGCGACUGCGACGUUCAUUGCCAUCGAAAAACCGACCCUCCAGCCAUGGGUGGCCACUGCCUCUUGGCUAGACCCGAUGGUCCCGUUUGCUGCUGCCUUUUUGAUUAA